UUCAUUGUUCUUCUUUGGUAAGAAAAGAAAACCACCUUUGAUCGUAUCAGAUUCCGAGACUCUCCAAUACUUUCUUGCUCCAAGCAGUCGAAGAUGGCGAGCGAGACCGAGCCGGCAAAGCUCCUUCUACCCUAUCUCCAGCGAGCGGACGAAUUGCAGAAGCACGAACCUCUUGUUGCAUAUUACUGUCGAUUAUAUGCUAUGGAACGCGGACUUAAGAUUCCACAGGGCGAGCGUACCAAGACUACAAAUGCCCUCCUUAUUUCCCUCAUGAAUCAGCUUGAAAAGGAUAAGAAGUCACUUAGCCUGGGGCCUGAUGAUAGUUUGCAUCUUGAGGGCUUUGCAUUGAAUGUCUUUGCAAAGGCAGACAAACAAGAUCAUGCUGGACGAGCGGAUUUGAACACUGCAAAAACAUUUUAUGCCGCAAGCAUUUUCUUUGAGAUUAUUUCUCAGUUUGGUCCACUUCAACCAGACCUGGAGCAAAAACGGAAAUAUGCAGUCUGGAAAGCAGCAGAUAUCAGGAAGGCUUUGAAAGAGGGAAGAAAGCCACAGCCUGGUCCACCUUCUGGUGAUGAAGAUCUCUCUGUUCCUUCAAGUACACCUACCACUGCAAAUGACGCAAGUCCAGGAGAGCCCGAGUUCUUCAGAACUCAAUCGCUGUCAGAUUCGUUACCUCAGGUUCAUGAUAAGGUUAAUGAUGAUCAUGUAAAUAUCCCACAAACUCCUCAGGUCUACGACAACAUGAACAACCACACUUUAAACACGUCGCCGCCCACCCGAUUCCAUAAUGAAGUCAAUAAUCACCAGCACCCUCCAAAUAUUCCAUCAUACCCUGCAUCUGGUUAUCCAUCCCAUGAUUUUCAUCUACCUCCUACCAGGAAUGAACCAGAUGUUUCCUCUUAUUCUCAGCCAUUCCACCACGUACAAUCCUACUCACAAGAGCCUCAACAACAGCCUUUGCCUCAUAACUAUCCUUCUGAUGAAACCUCCCAAAAUUACUCCUAUCCCCAUUUUCAAUCUUAUCCAAGUUUCUCGGAAAGCAGCCUCCCAGCGGCCCCUUCUCACAAUCUGAACUAUUACCAUGGAUCCGAUUCUUCAUACUCUUCCCAAGUGACCCCUCCUCCUGCUAGCUACCCAUCAGAUUCCCAAUAUCAAUCAAACAGCAGAGACAGGACGACGUUGGAACCUCAAACUACCCCGGCUCCAACCAAGUCGUACCAUUACGACAGCAACUACCAGCCACCUCCUGAGAAAAUCGCUGAGGCACACAAGGUUGCGAGGUUUGCUGUAGGGGCUCUGGCGUUUGAUGAUGUUUCAGUUGCAGUAGAGCACUUGAAGAAAUCACUGGAAUUGUUGACUAACCCUUCAGCCAAUCUGUGAUUUUCUGGUUUUCUGAUGGACUGACGUGAAUUUUCUUUUGCCUUUAUACCAGGUUUGAUGUGUAAAUUUAAUUAGAGAUUUAUGCCCUCGAAACAGAUAGCGUAUACGACUCCCGAUCCUUCGGUUGACAAUAUUAUUGAGAAAGUUUGUUGAUGUUUGUUCUUUUAGUUCAACAUGUGCAAUGAAAUGAUUUGAAU